AUGUAUAAUCCUCCGAAUGUCGACGGGGAAGGAGAAAUCACCGGUGGCGCCGCCGGGGUAGCCAAUAAUCUGAUCAUUGGCACCCCCCAACGGGGAGCCGGGGCUGGGAUUGAUGUCGGAGGCACUCUGUUUCUAGAGCAGUUUGGUUUCUCCGGAAUGCGGGGGGGCACACAUGUCGAAGCCCAUCCGGUGGGUGUUGAGAGAGGAUCAAGUUCAGGUGGUUUCCAGACUCCGUUGAUGCCAACAACUCAGGCAACAGACAUUGACCACGCCACAGAGUCAGAGGAUGAGUGCUUUUCCUGGUUCACUCCAAAUGGGACACGCUACUGGUGCCCGGCUGCUCCGGAUAACCUAAAACCAAGAAUUGACACCGUGUUUCAGCGAUGGGAAGACAUUGCGGAGAUGUAUGACCUGUACGCAGAGCACUGUGGGUUUUCAACUAGGCUUGGAACAGUUAAGCGAAAGAAAGGAGCCAUCACGCACCGUUACAUUGUUUGUUCCAACCACGGCAAGCCGCAUAGCCAGAAUAGGAACUUCAAUAGCCUUGACGAGACAUCGCUGAAGAUAAGGCAAGCCACUUUCCGGGUGUGUGACUGUAAAGCCUGUAUACGUGUGAAGUUUGAUAAGUCGUCUCGCGUUUGGGUCUUGUAUCACUUUGAAGAGAACCAUUACCAUCCUAUGGUCCCAAUGCAUAGUAGAGAUCUAACGAAAAAACGCCGGAGGCUUGAUUUUUUUACUAAAGAAUUCAUCCACCGAGCAAGUCUUAGCAAGGUCGGUCCGUUGUUGGCACAUAGGCUACAAGUUAACCUUAGGGGGGGCACCACAAACGUCAAAGGGACGGCUGAUGACUUUCAGAACUUUGCAUCGAGGGUUCGCAUGUUCAUUGGUGACAGGGACACGCAUUUGGUGAUCGAGAAGAUGAAAGAUCGGGUCGACCACUUGCCGAACUACACUUUUAAGUACAGCAUGGAAAACGGUGAAAUUCGACACAUGUUCUGGGCGGAUGAAAUUUCUAAGAUCAACUAUCAAGCUUUCGGCGACGUCCUCGCGUUCGACGCUACCUACCAAACCAACAAGUACAAUCUGAUCUUCGUUCCGUUUACUGGGGUUGACAACAACAAGCGGUGCGUCACUUUUGGAGCUGGCCUUUUGUUUUGUGAGACAAUUGAGGCGUACACGUGGCUGUUAAGGGCUUUCCUUGAGGCGCACAACAAGUAG